AUGUACUGUGUCUACUUAACAGGUAAGACCACCGUUGCCAAAGCGGUUUUCAACAGUAAAUCAAAAGAUUUUGAAGGAAGUUGUUUUCUUGAAAAAGUGAGACAAGAGUCAGCAAAGGAUGAUGGUAUAGCUAAACUACAAACCAAGCUUCUUAGGCAGACCCUAAGGGAUCAAACUAUAACAAUAUCAGAUCCUGAUAGGGGAAUCAAUGAGAUAAAGGUUAGACUUGGUAAUAUAAGGCUUCUUUUAGUAGUUGAUGAUGUAAACGACCAAAAUAUAUUGCAGUACUUAGUUGAAAAGGAAUGGUUUUGUUGUGGUAGUAGGAUCAUCCUAACAACUAGAGAUACACAAUUGUUGGAAAAGUAUGAUGUUACAACAUAUGAUCUUGAGUUAUUAAAUGACAGUGAAGCGCUAGAACUUUUCAGUUUGCAUGCAUUCAACCGGGAAAAGCCUGAAGAUGAUUAUGAGAAACUUUCACACCGUGCAAAAGAUUAUGCCAAGGGCCUUUCACUUGCUCUCCAAGUGUUGGGUUCUCUUUUGCACAAAAGAGGAAAACAAUUCUGGUCAUGUAUAUUGGAUAAGUUGAAGACCAGACCUCCCAAAGAAAUCAAGGAAAAUGUUUAUGGUGUUUUAAAGAUUAGUUAUGAUUGCCUUAAUGAGGAAGAGAUGGAUAUUUUUCUUGAUAUCGCGUGUUUCUUCAAUGGAUGCCAUAAGAACCAUGUCAUGAAUGUUUCUAAGUUGCCUGAAUCUGACGUGGUCAACGGAAUACAAAUUCUUAGUGAGAGGUCCCUCAUUAAUAUAUCAGAAGGCAAUGUGGUGUUAAUGCAUGACUUGAUACAAGAAAUGGGCCGAGGAAUUGUUCGUCAAGAAUUUAAAGAACCUGGAGAACGCAGCAGGCUGUGGUCUUUUGAUGACAUCCGUCAUGUAUUCGCUGAAAAUAUGGUGACAGAAAAAAUCGAAGCUAUUAUGCUACCCAAGAAUGGAUUAUCUUUAGAGGGAGAGUUGCAUGUAAGAGCUGAUGCAUUCGCAAAGAUGAGGAAGCUACGAAUACUCAAAAUCAAUGGUGUGCGGCUUGAUGGGUGCCUUACGGAUCUUUCAAAUGAGUUAAGGUAUAUUGAGUGGGAUGGCUAUUCCCAAGAAUAUUUGCCAUACAAUUUUCAUCCAGAAAGACAUGUGGCUGUCCCUGCGGUGGCGGUGGUGCUGGUAAUGGUUGCCACUGUCCCUGUUGCCCAUGCUGUUUCUGAGCCAACCCAGGACACCGUUUGGCUGAAUGCCCAUAAUCUCCACACUUAUAGCAAUGACCCCUAA